AUGGCCUUAGACCUCAGGAUUGAUGUUCUGAUGCAAUUACAAGGUGCACACAAUGUUCCAGCUUCUUCUCAUUGGCUUCUAGAUAUAUGGAUUGGUGUAUCAAUUAGGCUAGCAUAUGCCUUUAUUGCUUUGAUGUUGGCAUCUGCACUGAAAUUUCCAGUUAUUGUUUUAGAAGACACUGUUGUUCCAUUUCCAAUGCAGAGUCUUUAUCCCAAUAAUCUAAUUAAUCAAGUAUAUCAAAUUAUUACUCUGGGAGCAGGCAAUAUACUUGAGUUUCAUAAAAUUAAGCGUUGGAUGGAUGAGUUGUCUAAGACAAUAUUGCCUAGAUCAUCAUACAACUAUAAAAUGAUUCCACUAUACGAUGAGUCUGAGAAUCACUCUUCUGCGUGUGAAAUUGAGAAAUUGAUGUUAGGGACCAAUGCCUUAUUGAGAAUCAAACCAUCUUUGUUUUUGUCUUUGCAAAUGUUGGGAACUGUUGUGGCGAUAUGCAAUGCAGUUGUACAAUUUACCUCAAUAGAAGAUGCCUCUGAAAGAAAUGGAAGUGAUCUUGCUUCCAAAGAGAAGACAUCAUUGAACACCGCCCUUGCAAAAAAUGACGAGGAAUCUGCAAUGGCUAUAUUAUCGUCAACUGUGGAUGCAGAAUGGCUUUGCAGCGUUGAAGACGAUAAAGGGAACAACCCACUUUUUGUUGCGGUUCAAAAGGGAUUAAACCGAGUUGCUGAGAACAUCUUGAUGUCCUCAUACAGUUAUAGUGUUAGUGGACCAGAUGGUUCCAAUCCUCUUCAUUUUGCACCAAAUUGUUCAGAAAAUGUUCUAAGGUUGCUGCUGGAGAAGCAUCCAGACCUUAUUGACGCGGUUGAUGAUAAGGGAUUCUCCGUCCUUCACCAAUGGACAGAAAUUGGUAAAGUUUGGCCAUUGAACUUUCUUUCAGAUCAAGACAGCUUUACAGCAGCGAGGACUAAAGUCUUUGGGAAUUUAAUCAAUUUGGGAGACAAGAAAAGGAAUGAGAAUCCGUUACAUUUUGCAGCAAAGACCAAAAAUGGUGAUAUUGCGCGAGCUCUUAUCAGUGGUUAUGACAAACAAAUAAGUUCAGGUGAUUCCCCUCCUUGGAAAGCACAGAAUUGCUAUGUAAAAAAAUGA